AUGAAACAAACCUUCGACUGCCAACCAACCCUCGACUGUCAACAAACCCUCGACUGCCAACAAACCCUCGACUGCCAACAAACCCUCGUGGUCGGUUCUCAACUACUACGGGUAGGUCCGCGGUCGGUCCUCAACUACUACAGGACGGGCAAGCUGCACUACCCCACGAACGUGUGUGGGCCGCUGUUCGAGGAGGAGCUCGAGUUCUGGGGUCUGGACUCGAACCAAGUGGAGCCUUGCUGCUGGAUGACCUACACCGUCCAUAGGGACACGCAGGCGACUCUGGCCAUCCUGGACAAGUUGGACAUCGAUAACGAGCGGCCGUCCGAAGAAGAGAUGGCACGCAAGUUUGGCUUCGAGGAAGCCUACCUGAGCGGCAGCAGCACUCUGUGGCAGCGAACUAAACCUAAGAUCUGGUCGCUCUUUGACGAGCCCAACUCUUCCUGCUACGCUAAGACCAUCUCGAUGAUCUCGGUGUUCUUCAUCUGCGUGUCGAUCCUGUCGUUCUGCCUGAAGACGCACCCCAACAUGCGCGUCCCUGUCAUCAAUAAUGUCACCAUCCCCGGCAUCAGCGAGAACGGCACCACACAGCUCUACUGGGUCCUCAAUAAAGACAGGAGCGAUCCUCACAGCGCGUUUUUCUACAUCGAGGCGGCGUGCAACAUGUGGUUCACAGUUGAGCUCAUCAUCCGCUUCUCGGUCACCCCCCAGCCUCUCAUCUUUAUCAAGAACACAAUCAAUGCCAUCGACUUCGUGGCCACUCUCAGUUUCUAUGUGGACAUCCUGCUCACCUCACUUCCUAAAGAAGACGACUCCGGCAAGUCUGCGGAAGUGAUCGAGUUCCUGAGCAUCAUCCGCAUCAUGCGGUUGUUCAAGCUGACGCGCCACAGCGGGGGCCUUAAGAUCCUCGUGCACACGUUCAAGGCGUCGGCCAAGGAGCUCACGCUGCUGGUCUUCUUCCUGGUGCUCGGCAUCGUCGUCUUCGCCAGCCUCGUCUACUAUGCAGAGAGGCUGCAGGUGAACCCGCGCAACGAUUUCCAAAGCAUCCCAGGGGGCUUGUGGUGGGCGAUCGUGACGAUGACGACGGUGGGGUACGGGGACAUGGUGCCCCGCACCUACGCGGGCAUGUUUGUGGGCACCCUCUGUGCUAUUGCGGGGGUACUCACCAUCUCUCUGCCCGUGCCUGUCAUCGUCUCCAACUUCUCCAUGUUCUACAGCCAUACACAGGCGCGCUCGAAGCUGCCGAAGCGGCGACGGCGCGUGCUGCCGGCGCAGCAGCCGCGGCGCGUGCGGCAAGCAUCAUGCCUGGCACCGGGCGAGGCUAAGCCUGUGGGCAUCAGCCUCUCUAGGAGGAUGAACACCUGUAAGAUGCAGCAGCAGGCGCAGACCAAAAACCCAG